AUGUCGAGCACUACACCUUUGGGAGCGGGAUAUGAGAGAAACGGCGAGAAAGGCAAGAAGGCGCCCGCCGUUCCGAGACCGAGUUCUAGUGUCAUCUUAAUAUCACCAGAGAACCAAAUUCUCCUCUUGCGUCGAGUACAAACUUCGUCGUCGUUCGCUUCCGCACACGUCUUCCCAGGCGGCAACAUAUCUCCCUUUCACGACGGCGACCCACCUGCUCCUGAAGAUGCCGCCCGCCACCGUGAUAGCGACGUUUAUCGGAUGGCUGCGGUCCGUGAGACUUUCGAGGAGAGUGGGAUCCUUCUGGCAAGGACCAAAGACGGAAAACUGUUGGAGGUAGACGACGAAGAGAGGGUGAAAGUCAGAAAGCUCGUGCACGGAGACAAGAUCAAGUUCGAAGACUGGCUUGAGGAAAAGAGUGCAAAGGCUGAUCUUGGUAAGUUCUGUUGGCUAGACGUUGUCUCGCGUACAUCAUCUUGGGCCAAGUUGACGUUCGAGCANGACAACCUCAUCCCAUUUACUCGCUGGAUAACUCCCACGAAUCUGCCCAAACGUUUCACGACUCAGAUGUACAUCUAUCUACUUCCUCUCAGCAACACGCCGAAGAACCUGCCAUCCUCCUCUUCCAAUACUGAAGAAGACGAACCUGAGACCAUGAUCCCGGUGCCUACCCACGACGGCGGUCUUGAACAUACCGCUGCUCGCUUCCUUCCUGCGGCAACCUGGCUACGUCUAGCUCGCGUCUCUCGCAUUGUGCUGUUUCCUCCUCAGUUCUUUCUCAUGUAUCUGCUUUCUCCCUUCCUCUGUCCUUCAGGCGAUGUUGGCAAAGAUGCUCCUGUACCAGACCCUGCUACAUUACAAAAGCAACGAGACCAAGUACUUAGCUUUGUCAAGGAGGGCAACUGGGGUGAUAAGUGCAUUUCGCCUACAGUGUUGGGAGGUAAGAAGAGAGAAGAUGGCAGAGUGGUUUUAGGCCUCGACAAGCCUGGUGCUGAGGCUGAAGCUGAGGGAAGGAAGGGAGAUAAUGACAGAGUUGUGCUGGUGGAAUUUAAAAAGGAAGGACCGAGGAGGGUGGAAGUUGGUUGGAGAAAGGAGGUACUGGCCGAUGGCCGCGAGACCAAGUUGUGA